GUUUUGUAGGUUGUUUGUAGACUUCAAUAUGCCUGAACCAGCGAAAUCUGCUCCCGCGCCCAAGAAGGGUUCCAAGAAAGCGGUGACCAAGACCCAGAAGAAGGGGGAUAAGAAGCGCCGCAAGACUAGGAAGGAGAGUUACUCCAUUUAUGUCUACAAGGUGCUGAAGCAGGUUCACCCUGACACCGGCAUCUCUUCCAAGGCCAUGGGCAUCAUGAACUCCUUCGUCAACGACAUCUUCGAGCGCAUCGCCGGGGAGGCGUCUCGCCUGGCGCAUUACAACAAGCGCUCCACCAUCACCUCCCGGGAGAUCCAGACCGCCGUGCGCCUGCUGCUGCCCGGGGAGCUGGCCAAACACGCCGUGUCGGAGGGUACCAAGGCCGUGACCAAGUACACCAGCUCCAAGUAAACGGGGGCUGUGCCUCU